AUGUCUUUUGGCUACUCCGUUGGCGAUCUGAUAGCGGGCGCCAACAUGACCAACAAGCUAAUCCACAUCAUGUCCGGCACGAGCGGCGCCAGCAUCGAAUACCAGGAGGCCAUGGCCGAGCUUUGCGCGAUGCAAGACGCCUUUAUUCAGAUCAGCAGGAUGCACCGCGCCAGCGACGUACGGCUCUUUCCGCAGGCCACAGUCAACGCGGUGUCGGUCAUUGUUAUACAGUCAAUGGACACUAUUGGCAAGUUUCUAAAACGAACCAAAAGCUACCACAAAGCCAUCGGACGCGGUGAGGCCUGUGGCGUCGAAGGGAGCUGGAGGAAGGUGGGUUGGGCCCUGUUCAAGGAGCACGAGCUCAAGGAGCUACGAGAUUCGUUGCAUACUCGACUAGCGUCUGUCAACACCCUUUUGACAGUAGCGAAGCAUUUCAAAACCGAUAUCGUAUACCUGCACCCUGUAAAGAACAACACAAGUCGGCAUGACAACAGCUCACCUUCGACGCAACAAGAGACGUCUCCUUUGGCCUCAGCCGCCACUCUUGUGAUUUCGGAAACAAUCCCCGAGGAACAGUUCUCUGUGGAGACCGAGACAGACGCGGCACAGAUCGUGCAGAUACAACACGUGGGUCUCGGCAGCGCCCUCGGGGAAAAGAAUGUUGAUCUUGCUACAAUCAUGGUCAGGGUCGAAGCACGCACUUAGAUGGAGGAAAAGCAGAGAAGGGAGAGAGCGCACAACUUUUAUGACCAACUUCCGAUCGUGUUCCAUGAUGCUGGGACACUAAACUCAACUUUUCUUGCAACAUCACUAAAGCAUGGCAGGCAAGUUUUCUAUUUGUUGGGGAUCAGAUCCAGAAAAUCUCAUAUUGGUGUUACAAACCUCUGCAAUCCACAG